UAGAAUCAGAAGGAGUUGCUUACUUUUUACUCCCAUCGCCAAAGGAAUUACGAAUCCACACACCUGGAGAGCGGCAUCGAGUUCGGUGAUGCCAUGUAGGCGAGCGAAAGCGUCAUCGCCGGCAAUGUUGGCGUCUUGGCCGCCCGGAGACGGGGACAGCGAGAGUCAAAAGACUCAAAACAUCGGGAAAACUCCACGAUUCUCCCUCCCUCAGACAGCAGGGCGGCUGUCGGCUGUGGGAUUGGGACUUGGACGCGUUCGGCGGCGCGACUUCUUUCCUCCAAUCCCAACCCAUCUUUUGCUUCCCCCACACGCACAUAGAUUGACUAUCAUCACCACUGAUCGGAUUGUAUCUAAGAAUCAAUCGAAGAUGGGAGAGAAUUGGAUUCCAUGCUCGUUUUCUUCAUUGAUUCUCAGUCUUUUCAUGCUGUUCUCAUGUUUAUUUUGUUGCUGUCAUUCACUUGACCAACUGGGUCCUUAUGAUACCACCACAGUAUCCAGCUUUAGAUACCCAAAAACCCAGAUUAAGCCUGAUGAUUUGCGUUAUAUCCGAGUUGAUUUACCGCCAUGGUUUUCUACAAUGUCUGUAGCACUGGAGUCAGAUGUUGAUCUUGAUGUUGAAAAUGUAGAAAAGGUUCCAAAAAGCAGUUUGCCAAUGUUUUGUUUGAGAGAAGGCAGCCCCCCAUUGCCAGAUGACUCAAACAUUUCUUUCAGAGGUUUAGCAUUAGAUGCACUUCAAAAUGGAUCUUUUGAAGGAAUAACAGAUCUCCAAAAUACAGAACAGUGCUAUCCAAUGUCCAAAAAUAUAAGUAUAAUGUUGACAAGUGAUCAGAUAUCUUCAGGGGUCUGGUAUUUUGGUCUUUUUAAUGGCAUUGGGGCUACUAGGACACAGUCAAAGAUGAUUGUUAGAGGUCCAGCUUAUUCUUUCACAGCCAAUAUUAGUGUGGAAGGAUGCGUGACCUUAACAAUGUAUGGUCAGUACUGCAACCAGAUUCUUGAACUGCUUUCAUGUGGUCAAUCUGGCAGCUAUAAUGAUGUGGAAAAUCUUCCAGUUGGUAACCAAAGUGUGGUUUCUUGCAGAAGCAACUUUGAGACUCCAUGUCUUGGAGAUGGUGAAAUGAAAGUAUACUCCUUAGAAAUGUUAGGAAUAGCAGAACAAUUAAUCAUCAUGGCAGAAAAUGUAACAUCCUCUAAUAAGACUGGAAAUUUCAGUGGAAUUGAUUUAAUGUGUUUUGUACGCCAUGGUGCAGUGCCUUCAGCAUCUCUGCAUGAUUAUUCUGGUAACUUAAAUAAAGCUCCUUUAGUUAUUGGCUCCCCAAAGGUUGGUCACUGGUAUAUUUCUAUUCUGGCCGUAGAUCUUUCAAAGGAACUUAGGGGAAUUCAAACUAACAAUACCAAGGUUUGCUAUUCAAUGGAACUGCAAUGGCUUCAGUGUCCCCUGGGGAAGGCUGGCCUGGAUUGUACUUCAGACAGAUACAUGCUUCAGACGGUUCUCCAGGGAGACUCUAUUCCUUUUGAAUCCUAUUAUUUACCUGAUAGUCAGCGAUUGACCUCAGAUGGAGCCAAUUUUCUUCUUGAACCCCUUUUAAGCAACUCCUCAUAUGGUGGACAAGUUGAUGGUAACUGGACAUACUUUCAUUUGAACAUUCCCUCUGGUGCAGCUGGAGCACAUCUCCACAUCCAGUUGACUUCACAUAAAAAGAUAAAUUAUGAAGUAUAUGCUAGAUUUGGUGGAUUACCAUCACUUGUUAAUUGGGACUACUAUUAUGCGAACAGCACAAGCAACAGUCAUGGUUCAAUGUUUUUUUCAUUGUAUGAUUCAAGUGAAGAAAAUGUUGAUUUUUACAUCUUGUAUGUCAAAGAAGGCAUUUGGAAUUUUGGAUUAAGACAUCCAUUCCCUGGUAGUAGUAAUUCUAAUGGUCAGACUACCUUGUCUAUUUCACUUGAAAGAUGCCCAAAAAGAUGCUCCUCUCAUGGUGACUGCAGACACGCUUUCGAUGCAAGUGGAUUAACCUUAUUCAGCUUUUGCUCUUGUGAUUUAAACCAUGGAGGUUUUGACUGUAGUGUUGAAAUUGUUUCACAUCAAGGGCACAUAUGGCAAUCUAUUGCUCUGAUUGCCUCAAAUGCUGCAGCAUUACUUCCUGCCUACUGGGCUCUUCAGCAGAAGGCUUUUGCAGAAUGGGUGCUGUUCACUUGUAGUGGAAUUUCUAGUGGAUUGUAUCAUGCAUGUGAUGUAGGCACGUGGUGUGCAUUAUCUUUCGGUGUUUUACAGUUUAUGGAUUUCUGGCUUUCUUUCAUGGCUGUGGUGAGCACUUUUGUAUACCUUACUACUAUUGAUGAAGUUUAUAAAAGGACAAUCCACACAGUUGUAACUAUUCUUACUGCCCUCUUGGCCAUAACCAAGGCAACCAGGUCUUCCAAUAUUGUUCUUGUGAUGGCAAUUGGAGCGCUAGGUCUUUUUGUCGGUUGGAUGAUAGAGUUCACCAUCAAGUUUAGGUCGUUUUCAUUUUCAAUGGGAUUUUGUACACAAAUUCCUGAAAGACAGCAAAUGAGAGAAUGGCUACGAAACUUACUGCAAAACUUACUAAAGACCGUGUUGAGGAGAUUCAGAUGGGGUUUUUUACUAGCUGGUUUUAUUGCACUGGCCAUGGCUGCAACUAGCUGGAAGCUGGAAGCCAGUGAAAGCUACUGGAUUUGGCACAGCGUCUGGCAUGUUACCAUUUAUACAUCUUCUUUCUUCUUCCUCUGUUCAAAAGUAACAGACAUAAAUGGUGAGAAUGAGAGACCCCAAAAUGGAAACUACGAGCUAACUCGACAGGAUUCGCUUCCAAGAGGUGAAUAAAGUGUACUUCUUCAGAAUUCAAAGUUGAAUACAGAGGAAACAAUAAAACUUUAGCUGCCAGGGAUGACAAUUCUCAAAUGUACCAAUAAAAUGAGGCAUGUUAAUUACAGAAAGAGAAGCAAUUGUACAAAUUCUUCUUAAUUUCCCCCAUCUUGUCCGGAGUUUUUUUUUUUUCCUUUUGUAAUAUAUGUACAAAUACAUAGGUAGGUCAUAA